AUGUUGACUGAAAACAAUGAUAUCUACGAUGAGGUGAGGGAUUCACGCAAUUUCACGGGAAAAGUAGUUUUGGUGACCGGAAGUAGUUCUGGAAUCGGAGAACAAACGGUGAAACUAUUCUCGGCGUUGGGGGCCAGGGUUGUCGUCACCGGUAGGAAUGCAUCCCAUGUGGAGACAGUGGUACAAGAAGUCCAACAAUUAUCACCAAAAAAGCUGAAACCAUUGGGAGUUGUGGCGGAUUUGACCAAAAAUGCAGAUAUUGAGCGUCUGUUCAAUGAGACAAUUAAGACAUUCAAUAGAUUGGAUGUAUUGGUAAACAACGCCGGUGCCGUAAUAUUCGGCAACGGAACUGAAAAAGACUUUUUGGAUAUUUUGGACAAAUCUUCGAGGGUUGACGUCAAGGCAUCCCUACAACUCAUACGACUGAGUGUCCCGUAUUUGCAAAAGACAAACGGAUCCAUAACUAAUAUCGGAGCAACUAUAUCCGAGAGACCGAUAAAAUCUAUGUUGCCCUACAAUUUGGCCAAAACUUCUCUGACAACGAUAUCCAAUGUGUUGGCCAUAGAGUUGGGUCCACAGGGUAUACGAGUUAAUACACUCAGUGUAGGAGUUGUAUUAAAACCUGGAAUACCGGACGAAGUAAUUAAGAAAUGUGCAAAAUAUACACCACUCGGAAGGAUAGGUCAACCCAUAGAUAUAGCCAAAGGAGUGGUAUUUCUGGCCUCAAGUGAUGCUGAGUUCAUAACCGGUCAUAAUCUGGUCAUUGAUGGCGGACUCAAGUAUAACAUGGACUCAGACUAUUUGAAUGUCGAUAAUAAUGUAGAUUAG